AUGGCUACUGCUGUUAAAUUUUUGCCAAACCUAGGCAGGACCAUUCAUAAGAGAUCUCUUUACCUGCUCUCCGCUACUGCUGCUGCUGCUGCUACUGCCACCUUCGUCUACUCACAAUGCCACAAGAAAUCAUCAUCUCAUGGAGGUAAUAGUAAUAACGGAUGGAAUAACUGGGGGAAAGCAGCUGCUCUUGCUUCCGGUACGCCUCUGGUUCACGUUGCUUCCCCAGAAAAGGGGAGGUCAUACGAGGAAUUUCAAAAGGUGUACAAUGCUAUCGCGCUCAAGCUAAGGGAAGAUGACGAAUAUGAUAAUUAUAUAGGCUACGGUCCCGUGUUAGUGCGUCUUGCCUGGCAUACUUCCGGGACUUGGGACAAGCACGACAACACAGGUGGGUCAUACGGUGGAACGUACAGAUUCAAAAAGGAAUUUAACGACCCAUCAAAUGCAGGCCUGCAGAAUGGCUUCAACUUCCUGGAGCCCAUUCAUAAAGAGUUUCCCUGGAUUUCAUCAGGUGAUCUGUUUAGUUUAGGAGGGGUCACUGCGGUGCAAGAAAUGCAAGGUCCUAAGAUUCCAUGGAGAUGUGGCAGAGUUGACACACCAGAAAAUACUACUCCUGACAACGGGAGACUGCCUGACGCUGAUAAGGACGCUGACUAUGUCAGAACAUUUUUUCAAAGACUGGACAUGAAUGAUAGAGAGGUCGUGGCCCUUAUGGGGGCGCAUGCUCUGGGUAAGACCCACUUGAAGAACUCCGGUUACGAAGGUCCCUGGGGAGCAGCCAACAAUGUCUUCACCAACGAGUUUUAUCUGAACUUGCUGAAUGAGGACUGGAAGCUGGAAAAGAAUGAUGCAAACAACGAACAAUGGGACUCUAAAAGUGGAUACAUGAUGCUGCCUACUGACUAUGCUCUGAUCCAGGAUCCCAAGUACUUAAAAAUUGUAAAAGAAUAUGCUGAUGAUCAGAACAAAUUCUUCAAGGAUUUUUCAAAAGUUUUUGAGAAAUUGUUGGAAAAUGGUAUCACUUUCCCUAAAGAUGCGCCUGGACCAUUCACCUUCAAGACGUUAGAAGAACAAGGCUUAUAG